CACAAGGAAACAUGCUUAAUUAUUGACAGAAAAGCAACGCAUUGGUACUGCCUACAGAGCUCUUAUCUAUUUUUAGCAGAACUCGGACCCCUUCUGCUGCAUGAUUAUACUAUGGUGGGUUACGAAGCAAUGUAGAGUUGAGGUUAGAUUAUGUGCAAGCGAGAUAUACUUUUCCAUAGUUCUGCUACUUUGUCCUAUUUCAUUCAGUGAUAGUUUUUCGCAAGAGUUGGCAGAAGGAGAUGAGUAAGUUGCAGGUAGGUGGGAGUGGGAAUGGGAAUGGGACGAGUGUGAAGACCGUCCCAGGCACCAAUGGCAUCAGCAGUGAUGGAGGAGAGGAGGUGAAAAUCGUGGGAGCUGAAAGUGCCCACAAUCUAGAUAUAUUCAAUGGAGAUUUGAAGGCUCCUAAAAGAAAUUUUCCAUAUUCUUCCUACCUUGUUGGAACUGGAAGUAAUUCUGAGCAAGGAGUCAGUGUGUCAUUAAAGAGGAGUGCGCUCAUCGAAUCAGGGGUUGGAGAUAUCAUAAUCUCUGCUUCUGCAAAAGGCUUAGAGAAGCAAAACUCCUCCUGUAAUAGAGUUAUGAAAGACUCUGAGAUCAGUAUCUUCCAGGCAGAAAAGUAUUUCAGUGAGGACAAAAUUGAUUCAUUUCAUGAAUCGAGAACUGGAAGCUCCAAACCAGGGGAAAAUUCCAAAGCCAAAAGACAAGAAAGUAAGAAUAAGGCUCUGUUUUACCAUCAGGAUUCAUAUGAUUCUCGUCAUCGCAUGGCUUCUCCUGCAGCCUCCAUACGGGCAGUCAAUUACACUUUCAGGCCAGGUGGGGUUACUCCCACAGGAUCCCCUACGACCAGCAGGAACAGCCGGUCUGGACUGCUUUCUAAUUCUGUCCACAAACUAGCUGCAACUGACAGAAGAAGACCGUCCUCAAAGUGGAGAUUUGGGUGCAAAUGUCUGUGCUUGAAUAAAAAUUCUGCAGCGAUGGACAACACGCUGACAGAAAACAGGCGGGCCUCGUCAUUGUCUAAUUCCAUGACUCCAAGUUUGUUAAUGGACAGUCCUGUCAGCUCCAUCAAAUACAGUUACGCUGGCCUGAGAAGAAGAGUUCUUAGUAGAUUGAUUGAAAAGCACAGAGAAAAGGCCUUUGCAGAUAAUGCAUCAGAGUUAAGUGACUUCAAUUGUACCACAAACGGAGAAUCAGGUUUAAAAGCUCCGGCAAGUUCUUUGGUUGAUAAUUUUCCAGAGUCCGGUCUCUCCAAGGACAGGGAGCUUCAGAAAAGGAUUCAGGGGAUCAGUCCCCGUUUCAUGGCUUAUGAUAUGGAUUCUGAUAGAGCAGAACUGGGAGAAAGAACUCAUCAAAGAAAAAUGAAUGGCAGUUUCUUGGAAAAGAAACAUGAUAUUUCCUUCCCAAUUCCAUCUGAGAAAUCUGAAGAAAUUUCAAGGCCAUCGUUGGAAGUAUUUGGCUCUCCAUUCCCAGGUACACCAGACCAUGCAGAUUCUUGUAACUCCACCACAGUAAUGGGUAUUCAUCAUCAGAUGCAGCCCUCAGAUUUACAGAGGCAUUUGGUGCUAUUUUCUCUUGACAAGGCCAAGAAGAGCUUUACCUUUAAUUCCAAUUCUGAUACCCACAAGUUUUCAGGACCUGGUAAGAAGUCUCUGGAGGACAUUGAUCAGGACAAGGAGAGUGAUUCAAGCUCAGAUCUUUUCGAAAUUGAAAAUCUGAACGCCCAAUUUUCGUUCAGGAAAAGGGAAUUUCUGGACAAUAACCCAAGAAUUCGAUGCUUCCCUGGUUCUUUUCAUUUGGAAUGCGUGGAAAAUACACACACGGCCUCUGCAAAGAGUUACUGUUAUGAGCCCAGCGAAGCCUCUGUGGAUUGGAGCAUUACGACUGGAGAUACCAUGGAGAAGGUCACUCUGGAGAAUUUUUCUUCAGAAAAUGAAGAAUCCAAAAAACAUGCUUCUCUAAAUGGUUUGGAUCUGUCAAGGUUAAGGAACGCUACAAUGACGGAGGACUCCAAAAUCAGGUCCAGGAAAGGCAGCUUUCUGAGCUGUGCAAGCGAGAAAUCCGUGAGAGUGGCAGUUCCCAUAGAGUAUUCACACAGCGCUAGAUAUAGUUAUGAGAAGAAGGGGAGUUUUACUUCUAGGUUCAGUAAGUGAUAGAUUUCAGCUCUCAAGUUAAAAGACAUUAACGCUUCUUCUAAAAAUAGUUUCACAGAUUGUAAUGGCAUAAUGUCAGUAUAGAGAUCCAUUUCAGAAUCUUGGCAUCUGUAAUAACAAUAUUCAUUGGUCUUUUAUCUGCAUUUCCCAUAUUAUAUGACCAGAAGUAUGACUUCCUUAGUUUCAAUUGGAGGCUCUUCAGUUUUCAACUGUUACUGAGUGUA